AUGCAGGCUAUGCAGUAUGAAGGACACGCCGUCCCGGGGCAGUCACCCACCUACCCGAAUCACCAUUCGCCCCACGAAUCCCACCAUAGAACCCCCGUCCCCAAGAAUGUCGCCUUCGAGCUACUCCUCGAUGAGAACUCGAAGGUGCGGGCUCGCAUUCCCAUGCGAGUGCAGAUCUAUCCUCACGAUACCACGGAUUCGAUCGUGACGACGGUCAAGAACUUCUAUGGCAUCUAUGAUGGCGCUGCCAGCGGUGUUAGCUUUGAAGAUGAGCAUGGCACCACGCUCAUCGCUAGAUAUGAGAAUCUGAGGAAUAACAUGACCGUGUACGUGCGGGUGAUCCCGGUUCAAGCCUACUCGGACGACUAUGCCGAGCGCUUCUACGGGCAUCUGGAGGCUCGCAAACGCCCCAGUCUUGGCGAACCCUUCCAGAUGCUGCCCAUGCAAGCAGCAUCGGUACUGGAUCCGAGCCAACCACCCUCUCGUCCCGGUUCUCGAGUCGCUCGGAAGCGCAGUAUCUCGCCGUCCGCGAGAAGCCGUCGGAGCGCUUCCCAGCACAAGCAGCUACCAAGACCUGGCAAGAGCAGGGGCUCGAGCACCCAUGGAAGCCUCCAUGACGAUGCUUCCGGCUACAGUGACAGCGAGGGUGGCUACGGCUCGGUCUCGGGGGCAAAGAAGUCUCGAAGUGAGCAGUUAGGGAGCUCGGAUAUCAGCAUGGAGAAUAUACUCCAGGAUGGCCGUCGUAAACGGCCCAAGUUUGACAGCUCGGAAUUACCGUUGUUUGUUCCUCCUCAGGUUCCCCUCACUACUUCGACCUCCUCGAUCUCUCCCCAGCGUCGAUCUGUCGGACAAGAAGGAGUUGUCUCUCCGUUCGCUCGCCCCGCCCAGCGACCAUACAAUUACCAGCAACCGCUGCCGUCGCCGCAGAGCUAUAGCGAACAAGUAUAUGCGUACAGCGCCCCGCGCAAUUCCGUAUAUGCCACACCCGCCGUCCCUGACCAUGGGCAUCGCCUGCGUGAUCGGACCGCGACCCAGUCGUCGGGCCAGCUGAGCAACCCGGCGGGUCGAAGCAACGCGCCGGGCGUCCUGCCGACCCCCGACCCGACCAUUGCCAGCUGCAUCUCCGACGAGGACGUUGCCAUGCAGCUGAUCCGGCUCGGGGACGCGUCCAACUUCUCGCAUGGCCGCACCUCCGCCUCCACUCUAGAUGAUGCUUUCAGCGGGGCGGCGGAUGCAGCCUCUUCUACGGGCGCGACGAGUGACGGAGACGACUUCAGCGAGGAAGAUGACGAUGAUCUUCCUGCGCGCAGCCGACAGAGACUGGAAUCCAGCCCGAUGCUCCCCCCGGGUGCAACCAAGCACACUCACAAGCGGUUGGAUGAUAUUCUUCCCAGCUUCGACAGCUCCGACGGAAGCUACGACGGCAUGGACGACGACUACAGACAGGAGGAUCCCGACAACGGCCUUGUCAAGCACGAAGCGGAUGACAAUACAUUAUACAAAGAAUCAGCACCCAAGCCGAAGAAGCUCAAGACGCGCCCCAACGGCAUCGCUUCGAAUAAGCCUCGUUCAUCCAAGUCGGCCCCGGUGCGCCACAACAAAAGCAGCAAGACGUCCUCCGUGGGCGUGCCUCGAAAGGUCAAGUCGACCUCCAACGCAACCGCUCAACCGAAAGUUGUCAUGUCACCGCAGAUGGUGAGCCCGGCUCCGACUCGGAAGGCGUCGACCUCUUCCGUCAACUUCCAGCCUCCGCUGGCAGCCGACGAGGAAGACCUCUCGACGAAGCCGCGUUGCCAGCGAUGCCGCAAGAGCAAGAAGGGUUGCGAUCGACAGCGCCCUUGCGGACGAUGCAAGGAUGCUGGUAUUGGCCUGGAAGGUUGCAUCAGCGAAGACGAAGGGAACGGCCGCAAAGGUCGCUACGGUCGCCAUAUGGGGGUUCCGGUCAAGAAAAGCCUUGAUUCUCCAGAAAGCCCCGAGUCCCUACCGAUGAUAGCCACAGGCCCUCCGCUCUUCGCGAGCGCAGAUAAAAACAAGAAGCGCAAGCGCUAG